AUGGGCAAGGAUAUUGUUAUUCAAGAAUGCGAACAGCCUGGAGGACGCAGCAGGUUGUGGAAUUAUGAAGAUGUUAAUCAUGUAUUGAUAAUAGAAACAGCUGCUGUUUCUAUGCAAUUAUCUGCUGUGAAAACUCUUAAUGACUCCAAUUUUGAUGACUGGAAAGAGUCUCUGAGCAUGUACCUUGCAAUAGCCCAACUAGAUUUAGCCUUAAGGGUUGAUGCACAUACUAAACUUACUGAUGAAUCCAUAAUUGCACCUGUUCUCUCAAGUGAGAAACUCUCUAAAGCUCAGUGUCCUCAAGAUGACAAGGAAAGGAUUGAAAUGGAAAAUAUUCCAUAUGGUUCUGCAGUUGAGAGCUUGAUAUAUGCUCAAGUAUGCACUCAUCCUGAUAUAGCAUUUGCUAUUAGUGUCCUUGGUAGAUACUUGAGUAAUCGUGGAUGGAGUCACUGGAAAGCUACAAAGAAAGUUAAGAGAUAUUUGUAG